UCACGUGAUAGACACGCCCCUCGUCUCCUAUUGGGCCUCGCUCGGCAGUUUUGGCGCCACUCGUGAGCGGAAGUGGAGCUAGGUCGUCUGAGCCACCGGACAAGGGUAGUGUUUUUGUUUUGGUUUGCUUUCAUUUCGGGGAGCUUUUUUUUUUGUUUGCUCCUUUUCUUCCAUCUCCUUCGCUGCGGCCACCACGAGUUUGCCGGUCGCGAUAGUCACCCGGCCAGCCACGAUGCGGGGCGACGAGUCGUCCGAUUCAGAGUCGGGCCGCAUGGAGGAGAGCGUCGCGCGGAGGAGUUUGGAGACGCUGUGUCAGGAGCUCAACAUGGACGAGCGCACGGCGACCGAAGCCAUGGACAACUUCACGGCCAUCUGGAACACGUACACGCUGGAGGGCGAGGUGGUGCACUGGUUGGCGUGCUCGCUGUACGCGGCCUGCAGGAAAGGAAGCACGCCCACGGUGGGCAAAGGCCUGAUGGAGGGAAACUGCGUGUCGCUCACCAGGAUCCUGCGCACCGCCAAACUCAGCCUGAUCGAGUUCUUCUCCAAGAUGCGCAAGUGGUCCGACAUGUCCAAUCUGUGCGAGAACUUCCGCCUGCGCAUUGAGCGUCUGGAGCGCAACUUUGAGGUUUCCACCGUCAUCUUCCGCAAGUUCCAGCCCAUCUUUGCCGCCAUGUUCCGCAGCCCGACGGGCUCCGAGGCUCCGCCCCCUCCGCCACGCCAGCCCCGCGGCCGGAAGCACCGGCGGCUGCCCUGUCACACUGCCGACGUCUUCAAAUUCUGCUGGACGCUCUUUGUGUACACCAAAGGUAACUUUCACAUGAUCGGUGACGACCUGGUGAACUCGUACCACCUGCUGCUGUGCUGUCUGGACCUGGUCUUUGGAAACGCGCUGAUGUGCGCCAACAGGAAGGAGCUCAUCAAUCCCGCCUUCAUCGGUACGUCGGGGGAUGAAAUCCAGGCGUGCGCCGACGAGGCGUCUCCGUGCGUGCUGGAGAGAUUGUGCGAGCUCCACGACGGCCUGGUGGUGGAAGCCAAAGGCAUCAAACAGCACUACUUCAGGCCUUACAUACACAAGCUCUUUCGCAAACAGAUACUGAAGGGCAACGAGGAUCUUCUGACCGAACUUUUGGAUCCUCACAACUUUAUUGACAACAACAAAGCGCUCAAUCGCCAGUACGAGGAGUACGUCUUGACGGUCGGAGACUUUGACGAACGCAUCUUCCUGGACGACGAUGCCGACGAGGAAAUCGGAACGCCCAGGAAAAGUUUGCGCUGGCCCGCGGGCGUAGGCACGGCACAGGCCACCGGCGCUCAGGCACAAUUGCAGCAUCACGUUGAGAAGUCGGCCUCCCUGGCGCCUUCGACGCCUCUGACGGGUCGGGCGUACCUGAAAGAGAAGGACGUGCCGGUGACGCCCGUGUCGUCGGCCACGCAGAGCGUCAGCCGUCUUCAGAGCAUGGUGGCCGGGCUCAGGAGUGCGCCCAGUGAGCAACUGCUGCGCAUCUUCAAGUCAUGCUCUCGAGACCCCACCGAGUCCAUCGUGAGCCAGGUGAAGAUGCUGGGACAGACCUUCAAAGAACACUACACCAACGACUCGGAUCACUCGUCGGGGUCACACAUCGAUUUUGCUGAGAGUCGCCUGAAGCUAGCUGAAAUUCUCUUCUACAAAGUUCUGGAAAACGUCUUGAUGCAGGAGACCAAGAGGCUGCAAGGGAAAGACAUGAGUGUUCUACUGGAGAAGGACAUCUUCCACUGUUCCCUUCUGGCGUGUUGCUUGGAGGUGGUUUUGUUCUCCUACAGCUCCCAGCGGACUUUCCCGUGGAUCAUUAACGUCUUCAAGCUGGCCCCCUUCUACUUCUUCAAGGUGAUUGAGGUGUUCAUCCGCUCCGAGGAAGGCCUGUCCCGAGACAUGGUCAAGCAUCUAAACCUGAUCGAGGAGCAGGUGUUGGAGAGCCGAGCGUGGACCGCAGACUCUGCCCUGUGGAACGCCUUGAGUGCCGCCGGCAAUAAGGUGCCCACCGUCGAGGAGGUGAACUUCCCAUCCAGUCUGGACUCCGGCGGUUCGGCUUCCGCCGGUGGCGCCCAGUCCCAACUUCCCCUGAUGACACUGUCGCCCAUCGUUCACCCUCGGAUCAGAGAAGUCCGCUCAGGCGUGGGCAGCAUGCGGAAAGAAGUUCCGCCGUCCCCGCUGUCGGUGCACGAGCGCUACAGCUCCCCGGCCGCCGGCAGCGCCAAGCGCCGCCUCUUCGGCGGCGGCAGCGAGCACACCAUCACGCUGAUCCCCGUCCAACCGUGCGAUCCAUCGGCCGGCGGCCCCACUCAGUUCCUGCUCACAGCAUCCCCCGGCCGCCCCCUUCCCGCACCCGCGCCCGUCGCCGCACCCGCCAACGCCCAGCCGGCCAGCGGCCGGCCGCAGCGCACCGGAUCCCUGGCACUUUUCUUCCGCAAGGUGAAAACGACGUCGGCGGCGGGCCGCUUGGAGACUCGAGGCAUCUGCUCUUUUGACCUCUGA